AUGGCGUCAAAAGCUACUAGCCUCUUCUCAAUUUCCCUCCUUAUCCUCCUUUCUCUCCUCUCUUAUUCAGCUUUCUCAGAUUCCCAUGACAAUAAGCAUUCACCAUUUGAGUUCCUCAACCAUCUCCAAGGUUGUCACAAAGGUGAAAAAGUCAAAGGUGUCCAUGAGCUCAAGAAGUAUCUGGAAAAGUUUGGGUACUUGAACUAUAAGACUUCUGCAAAUCAAACGCACUUGGACGACGAUGAUUUUGAUGAGAUACUAGAAUCUGCUCUCAAAACCUAUCAGCUUAAUUACCAUCUAAACGUUACUGGAGUUUUGGAUACCAAAACUGUGUCCAAAAUGAGUAUGUCUCGAUGUGCUAUGGCGGAUAUUGUCAAUGGUACUACCAGAAUGCUGUCCGGCAAGAAAGCGGUGGACCACCAUGGCUCUACCCACUUCCAUAAAGUAUCUCAUUUCUCAUUUUUUGAAGGAAACCCCAAGUGGCCAUCAACGAAGUAUCAUCUCACGUAUGCCUUUCUUCCGGGGAUCCGAGUUGAUGCCGUGAAACCUGUUAGGCGAGCUUUUGCAACAUGGGCUGCAAACACACAUUUCACAUUCUCUUGGACUAGGAACAUCAGUAAAGCAGAUAUUACGAUUAGUUUUGAAAGUGGUGAUCAUGGAGAUGGUUAUCCUUUUGAUGGUCCCGGCGGAACUCUUGCUCAUGCAUAUGCCCCGACGGAUGGGAGGUUUCAUUAUGAUGCAGAAGAGACUUGGUCAGUGGGGGCAACACCUGGGGCAUAUGACUUGGAGACUCUUGCUUUACAUGAAAUUGGGCAUCUUCUUGGACUUCAUCAUAGCUCAGUUGAGGAUGUUGUCAUGGCCCCUACUUUCUCUCCUGGACAGGCAAAGGUUUUGCAUGGGGAUGAUAUUCAGGGCAUCAAGCCUUUGUAUAAUGUUUGA